UAUAUAAAAUUUUACAUGAAGUCCUUGACCGUUAGAAAAUUUUCACAGGUUGCACUAAGAAAAUUCAAGUGGAAAAACUGCCAAAAUCCUCCAGACGCCAAAGUUGCAAGCAUUGUAGAUCAGGAAACAUUGAGGGAAAACAUAGUGUUCGUGAUCGGAACAAAUGGUCGAUUAUAUCAGUACAAUAAAGUGACCGAGUUAUGGCAUGAACAUCAUCAGUCUCAGCAUCUACUUCUUUCAAGAUUGCCUGGAACAGCAACAAGACCAUCACCAUAUUCUCUUAUAGGCUCACUAUUUAUGAUCUCUGAAGAUGGUGGCCUCAUUGAAUAUCAUUGGAAUCCAUGGGAUGGUUGGAACUGGGUGGAGCAUGGAAGACCAUAUAGAGGCGUGACGUUUGUGAGCGCGCCUGGGCCAUGCUUUGAAGGUAAUCAACUGUUUCUCAUUGGUUCAGAUGGAAGAGUAUACCUAAGAUAUAUUGAACAAGACACAUGGAAAUGGAGAAACUGUGGUUUCCCACAUCAGUUUGAUAGAGAUGGGAAGGUGGAUUCAAGAGUUGGAAAAGGACUAAUUUGUGUUGAUGAAGAGCUUACAUUGGAGAAAGAUCUUGAAGAUGUAAAGGAUAUUGACAAAAACUGUGAUCCAAAGGUUUCUUCUACUAGACCAAUUCAAUUUUCUGAGGAUGCAGUCAUUUUUGAGCUAAAGGAUGGUAGGUUGGCAGAAAUACGACAAACGGAGGAAUCGAACUGGAUUUGGUCUCGGAUUAUCGUCACUCCAACGAGCUUAUGCAUUGCAGAUUACUGGACAGCUUUGGCAUCAUGAAAACUAAUACAAAGCUACAAAUGGUUUGAAGCAUUUAUAGGCAGAAGGCCUAGUAGGCUUAUAAAAUGUUGUAUAGAUAUAAGAGAGAAGAAAACAGUUAAUUUAAACAGAUGCUUUACUCUAUACCCAUUCCCCUGCCCUUGUAUAAAGAUCAAUUAAGGGAAUGUUUUUCCAGUUGUAUUGUUUGUAUGUAGCAUAAAUACAUGAAAAUAACUGCAAGCAAACAUGACUUUGAAUCAACUAAUGAAAGACCCAUUUUCAAAUAUUUAA